AUGGCGACCGGUCAGCUGGACGGCAUGCUGAGGCGCGACGCCAGGUUCCUGUAUGAGAUAUGGGCCUGGUUCGCCGCCGGGGCCGUCGUCAUCUUCCUGAGAUUCGUCGUGAGGCUGCGCAUGGUUGGGCCGGCGGGGCUCAAGGGCGAUGACUACACGAUGCUCGUCACCCUGUUUCUUUACACCCUCUGUUUCGUCAUGGUCGACCUGGUCUAUCGGUACGGCAGCAACGUGGACCUCACGGCUGCACAGAUCAGCGUCUUGUCCAACGAAGAAGUUGCCCGCCUCGUCCAAGGCUCCAAGUUCCAGCAGGUGGCGUGGUACUCCUACACGGCUUACCUCUGGUCCCUGAAAGCCACCCUGCUCUUCUUCUACAAACGCUUGACCUUUGAUCUUUGGCAGAACGCCAAGGUUCUGAGGUACCUGACUUGGUUCACGAUAGCAUCCUACUUGGCCGUGGUCGGCACCAUAACAUUCAGCUGUUUGCCCUUUUCUGACAACUGGGGGGUGAGACCGCUGCCGAGCGAAAAGUGCGUCUUCAAGCCCCAGAACCUGCUCGUCACCACGUUUCUCAACGUGCUCACCGAUGCCGCGAUCCUCUCACUGCCCCAGCCCGUCCUGAGAGAAAUCCGGGUGCCGCUGUACAAAAAGGUGUUCAUCGCGGUGCUCAUCUGCUCGGGCUUGUUCGUCAUCGCCGCCGCCAUCAUGCGCGUCGCAGUCACCCUGGGCUCGGAGCCCUCGACCAUCACGGUCAACCGGUGGGGGGUCCGGGAGUGCGAGGUCGGGCUCAUGGCCAUCAACGCGCCCAUCCUCCGGCCGUUGUUCUCUCGCCGGUUCUGGCAGUGGAACUACCGACCGCCGGCCCGUACCCCUGGCCCCAUGGAGAGUACGAGGAGGAGCAGGACGGCGGCGUUUGGCCGGCGAAGGAGGGUAUUCAAGGACGGCUCUUUUCUUGCGUGGAUGAACUCGAACACGUCGAGGCUCGGAACUGCUGUACGGACGCAAGGUCGUAAGAGCCCGGUGGACCUGGAGCUGGGUGAUGCUGCUGAUGACCAGGAGCUGGAGCCUCUCGAUACCAUCGAGGACGACGAAGAAGGUGAAAGCUUCCGGAGUGUCACAGACAAAGGAAAUGGAUAG